CUAUAUCGGAUGCGAUGUUCCAAUUCGCCCUGACAAGUUUGCAUAAAUAUGCGACGAUCAAGUCAAAGGAAGAUUUUGUUUUUAGUCCGUACAGCAUAUAUCAGGAACUUUUCUCGGUUUACCUUAUCUCCAGUGCUGAUAUUGAACAGCGUUUAAAGAACAUUCUUUAUUUACCGAAUGUUUCGAAGUAUGAGUUGAUGAGAAACAUUAAAUUUGAUAAAUACUCUUCAAUACAUCAUAAAUACCCUACAAAACGGCCCGCACGGGAUGAGAAUGCUGCCUCUAAUCAAUCUCAACUGUACGCGGUUGACAAUAAAUGUAUUUUUUUAAACACAAUACUUCGUAAAAACAUUGAAAUAAAAAAACUGUACAAUUGUGGAUUCACAUCUAAUGAGAGCAAUGAUAUCCAAGAUAUAAAUAGAAAAAUCAAUCAAAUUUUAAAAAUACUGACAAAGGAUUACAAUUAUAAGCCGUUGGAAUUAGAAAUAAAAAGAGAAGGUGUGGACAUUAUUUUGAUGAACGUACAUAAUUUCCACGGUCGAUAUCGAUCAAUCUCACAACUGACAAGUAUUGAGAUGAGUCUCGACUCGGACCGAUUACUAUCGAAUACUUCUUCAAAUUUAAGUAUUAAAACGUUUUCCAGUGACGAAUUACAGGUGCACGUAAAAGAGUUAAUCAUCAAGAAAGAUUUCACGUCGCUGUUUAUGUUGAUACCUUUUUCAUCAAGCACAGACAAGAGAGUUAAAACUGAUACGAGCAGCACUAGCCUUCCCAGCUUGAUUGAAAGAUUGUCAACCAGCGAAGGAAUGCGUAAACUUCGGAAAUUGCUGUUUUGUGUAGAAACAGGUGGAUCACUAUCUUUUGUUACUUGGCCGACCUUUGAAAUUGAAAAAAGGUUAGAUAUGCAAGUUUUGUUGCGAGAACUAGGCGUCGAACAGUUAAUUGACGCCCGACGCAAUUCCUUUGGACAACACCUUCGCGGAAGACGAUCAAUUCGUGCACUUCGGCAAUGCCGUGCACCAUGCUCAUGUCAAGGUCACGGAAGAGAAUGUUACUGCGAUUGCGGUAACCUUGAUCAGUGGCCAAGAACCCUGUUCGAACUAUACUAUAAGCUACAUGUAUCUGAAUUAUCCGUUCGUCUGGCUAAUUUGCGACAAAUGGAAUGCAGAUAUUCUUUAUAUCGGCAUAUUUAAUGAAGUCGACAAGUAUACCGAUGUUUGUAAUGAAACUUUUACAGAUUUGUUUAGCAAAACUUUAUAAGACAUAUUCUCCGAGUGGCUCGCGACGCUCAACCUAAUCGUCGGGAUGUUAAAAGUCUUCAUUACUAUGAUUACUAAAAAGAGCGUAAGAUAAGGUUUUUUAGAUAUUUGAAUGACUAUUGAGAAUUCGGUUGAAAAAAUUUUACAGCGAAUCAUUUCGAAACUUUUAGGCAUUUGUUAUUAAAUUUUUACAAGUAGAAAAUGUUUGUGGUCAAAAAUAUGUACCUUGAAAUCCGUCUUUGAAGAAUCUUAUCGCCGUUGGUGUGACAACUUGACGAGCAAUCUUAUAUCUCCAAAUUUUGUCUGAAUUUAAAAAACUAAAAAUUUUAUUCGUAAUUGUAUUAU